AUGUUAAGGGUGUUGUUAUGUGCCUGCAUAGUUCCAGUGGUGGUGAGUAUAAUAGUAACAGACUAUCCACCGACGAGCACAGAGUACAAUUAUUCAUAUAACGUCAUAGAUCUUGCUACUGGCGAUGCAAAAACUCUGCACGAAGUAAGACAAGGAGACACUGUUAGCGGAUCAUAUUCCCUCAUUGAUCCUGAUGGCACAAGGCGCACUGUCACAUACAUUGCUGGGCCCAAGACCGGAUUUAAGGCUGUGAUUCACAAAGAACCCGCGACAAUGCCUCAAAUCGCCAACAAUAAGAAUUACAAUUACUUCACAGCGGAGCAAUUGGGCAUAAUUCAAACCAGUGUCCACAGCCGCAUCGCUUUGGCUCUCCCUGAUGCAGCCACAUGUACUCGAUGUGGUUUGUGUCCGGAUGACAAAUGCAGCCGACAAUACGCUUGUCGAAAGCGCUCGGGAUCAGAUUUGGACACUCCAAGGUACCCGGACCUAGAAAUGCAAAAUCAAUGGUCUGCCGUGAAUUCUGAAAAUAAAGUAGACAAAUUAUUAGAUUCCAAAGGCGUAAGUUCCGAAGGCGAAGGUUCCGAAGGCGUAGGUUCCGUAGGCGUUGAUUCCGGUGUUGGCGUUGGUGUAGUCAUCGGAACCGGUGCAUACACCGACCUUGAAUUAGUAGACGACGCCGACGUUGUUCCACUCAUUGGAGAUGUGUAA